UAUUAGGGCUUGUCUGGAUCCUUGCACUGUUUAUAUCUUGAUUGGCUAAUCCAGGCAUUUGUUUUGAAUCAUUUACAGUAGGCUUCCAAUGGGAUUGAUGAGCCCUCCACCCAUCAUCCUUCCUCUUUUAUGUGGAGUAGUAAACACAUUAUUAUUAAAAUAUGUUCAUCUUUGGUGUAGCCAAACAUCAAGAGGCUUUCUCAACCCAUUUUCAACAAACUUCAAAUGAGGAUGGCAUAUGUAAACUAUGAACUACUACUUACUAUGGUAUUGCCAAUGGCAAGAUUGAAUCCCUUACAAUAUGUUUCCUUGUAUGGUGACUCUCUACCAUGGCCAAUUCAAUGGGCAUAGGUGAAGGUUGUGGUUUUAUCAUGGUUGAUUUUAAAGUUACAACCAAUCCGCAGGUUAAAGGAGCCUCAAGUUGCUCAAGACCCAAUUGUAGUAGAUGAGUGUCACGAAUUUGAGAAAAUACUAGGCCUUCAAGACCAUUAUACCAAUAAUUUAAACUAUUGAACAUGAUCGGGUUGACUUUGGUUUGGACCCAUCAAAUUUUUUUUUUAACGAAAAGUAAAGCGAGCAUAUUCUGUUCUACAAGUGACUGUUAUUGACAUUUCCUUUCCAUAAUGAAUGACUGCCUCAUUUUUCCCCAGUAGGUUAAUAAUGCUCUCUGUGUAUAUGUAGGGAUGGUGUGACCAAAGGCCAAUUUUACUAGGUCUUACUGUAUGAACUAGAUGCAAUCCAGAAGUUGGAGCUGAAGUAGAUGAUGAUAGGAUUAAGUUGUGGCUUCUGGUGGUGGUGGCUUCAAAAUCGAAGAGGCCAUACUUUGAAGUGCAGCCAUUGUGUUCCAUCAACUUUCCCGGAAAGCAUUCCCCUACCAUGUGUCAUUUACUGCCAUGGAAAUAGUUAUUCUGCUUUUGUAGUUGUCCCACAUGCUCCAACAUUGAUGACUGAUGUGUUUGGCAAUUAUGUUAUUCAGAAGUUUUUUGAGCAUGGAAGCCUUGAGCAGAGAAAAGAACUAGCAAAUCAGCUUGCUAGCCGCAUUCUACCUUUGAGCCUUCAUAUGUAUGGGUGCCUGAUAAUUCAAAAGGUAUUAUUACGGGUCAUUUGUUGGGUGGGGCUUGGCAUGUACUGUUUUUUUCUUUAUACAGACAAAUAGUUCUUGGCAGCCAGCUUUUGGACUAUGCUAUAUACUACUCCUCAACAUUGAUCAAUGCACACACUGUAUACUAGACAACUCAAUAUUUAUGAGAAUACCAACGGCUAAUCCGGAUUCAAUUUGAUCAA